CACUAUUUAUUGGCCGCCUCUAGUCAAUAUACCACCGCGCCGACGUUCAAUUUGGAGAUACUUCAGACUGCAACCUCGCGCCAUUUCGCACUUACGUCAUCUUCGCGAUGUCUGCCGAGGUAAAGAAAGCCACUCAGCAGGGCGAAUCGGCUGGGCCACCUGUCACUGCGGCGACUAGCGUCGCAGAGAUUCCGGCACCCCAAGUACCCGGGAAGCAAGACGAGACCCAAUCCGCGGAACCCCUAGCCAACGGCGGGGUUGGGGGUGCGGUUCCGGACCCGAGCGCACCACAGGAAAAGGCUGAGCCGACAUCUACUGAUAAUAAGCCUGCAGAAUCCGGCGAGCCGACCGCGCAGCCAACUUGUCCCCCGGCCGCAGACUCCCAGCAGCAGCAGACCAACGGCGCCGCCAACCCGGCCGUGGCCGAGCCAGUGGCCGCCGCCGCCGAUGCAGUCGCUGCAGCCGAGGAGAAGUCAACAGAGCCUACCCCCACCACCACAGUAACAGCCGGCGCCAACGGCGCAUCCAAGCCCGCCGAAGAAGCCGACAUGGGAACCAACGCCCCAGCUGCUGCAAACACCACCACCACCACCACAGAAGAAGAAGACAGCGCCGCCACCACCGCAGCCGACUCCUCCUCCUCCAACAACAAGCGCAGCGCCUCAACCGCUCUCGGCGCCGACGCCAAUACCGAAGGCGACGCUGCAGGUGGCAAAAGACAAAAGACCGGCGUCGACACGGCGCCGGCAGAGCUCGCCCCCGCUGCCAAGGCGGAGGAGAAGGCGAAAUCGCCGCCGCCGGCCGCCGAGACCAACGGCAGCAGCGGCGGCGGAGCGAUGGCCAAGCCCGCCGAAGCCGCCGCCGCCCCACCUGCUCCUGCUGCUCCCGCCCCUGCCAAGAAAGGGGGCCGGCCGAGGAAGCAGCCCGGUAAGGCUGCUGCUGCUGCUGCUGCUGCGGUGACGGCUGCCGCGGGGAGGACGGCGCGGAAGACGAGGAGCCAGGGGCCGGUUGAGCUGUGAAUUUUUUUUUUGCUUCCCCUUGUUUCUUGUUUGCUCUUUGCGUCGCUUUUUUUUAUCCGGUUCGAAAUGUGGGCUGGAAUGGAGUAUGGGUGGGUUUUGGGGAGGGUUGAUGACUGACCGGUUCAAAA